AAAUCGGACCUGCUGGUACAUAGUCAAAACGUACUUCAUAUCAGUUGAAUUUUGGUUAAUUUGAUUCCCAUUUGCCCGCCAUAUUAUUCAGAGUACAUGUACAUGAUUAAAUAUAAUCUCCUGAGGAAAGGGACUAGAUGUUUACUAUUUUCAAACCAAGUGAUAUAUGUGUCUUUCUUGUCGACCUGCAGCUAAUCCUAAAGCUUAGACAAUGAACAACUAUCUUUUUAGUUGUCUACUUUCGUUUUAAUAUUUGGCAAGAAGUUUUCUCAAAUGGGCACAAUCAACAGGAUUAUUACUGCAUGUAAAAGAUUAACUUAAGAUUGGAUUGGGAAAUAUCUUUUAACAGAGCGCAGAGAUGAUGUCCAACUGUUUUAUAAAUAAUUCUGCCAUAAGUUUCAUCAUCAUUUUUAUGCUUUCCAAAUUAAAUGGCAACACUUGCAACAUAUAUAAUACAACUUGCCUUGCCUCCUGUCCUACAAUAAAACGAGUACACGCUUGCCCAGUUAACGAUGAAGAGAAGAAAGAAAGAGAAAAACAAAUGGCCUGCGAAAAAAUUACACAGACAUGCUCAGAACCGCAUCGUUUCAAAUACCACUGCAUCAUUGACGAGCGGGGAGAUCUGAUGGAAAUUUGCGCACCGAUGGUUUGCAUCUUGGGGCAAUACUGUGCUGAAUUUAACUUAGGGGGUGGAUUGGUUCAGGAACACUUCGAUCGAAACUGUACAAGCUGUCCAUUCAAGUAUGAUUCUUCUACACUGUACAGAUAUAGUUGGUCAAACACGGACCCCUGGACACACCAGAGGUGGGAUCAGGUGCCUAGGAGGAGUAAGCAUCCCCUGUUGACCGGUCACACCCGCCGUGAGCCCUAUAUCCUGAUCAGAUCCAGAAUGUUUUCCUCACUCAAAAUACUCAAACACUCGGUCCAAGAAAACGAAACCAAGGCACAGCUCUACAAACAGAUAUCCCAUUUUCAUCGUCUUUCUGAUCCUUGGUUUGAAUGAUCCGGAUUCGGAGAUGCUGUAUGCCUGAGAGAUACAUCGUGCAUAUCAGUACUAAUUUUUGUACAGUCGUGUUACAGGAAAAGGUGGAAUUUUGCAUAGUGAUUGGACAAUUUGGUACUUUUUAAGAGUAAUGUAAAGAUGUUAGCAUAAUCUGUAUGAAGAAAAAAGACGAUUUCUGCACUGUUAGAUGAACUGAAAACAAUAUUGAUCUAACAUAUUGAGCACAAUGCUGUACGAGUAUGGCAUAGUGUUUGUGUGGAGAGAGAGAGAGAGAGAGAGAGAGAGAGAGAGAGAGAGAGUUGAUAUGCAUGUAUUCAUUGAUCUGUAUCUCAAGAAAAAUGUUGCUGAAAAGUAGCGUUAUUUAGUAUGCUAUGUGUCCGAAAGGAAUCUCAUAAAGCACCAUGAGAACACUUAGUUUUAGUUUGUAAAAGCUGUUGUUCUACAUAUGGUUUGUGAUGGGUCUCUCUAGAGUUACAGUCAACAGUUAACAGAUGACCAUUUACAAUAAUCUAUUUCACAUUCCGCACUUUGGAAAUCUAUUGAAACCCCUUUAAAGCAUGACAACUAACACUCUAUUGAUCUUUACUUUUCAGGUAGGCCAAUCUUCCUUUGCAUGUAUUGGCAUUAAAAUAUGUAAAGUUGAUAGCGCUUAAAAGUUCAUUUAGUGAUUGAGUAAAUUCACAUGAAUAGCGCUGCCGAAAUUAGAAGCUAGAUGAUCAUACGUCAUACCAUUCCUCCAGAAACCAUAUCUAAACAUUUAGUACUUUUAACAUUAUACACAUUUAAAUGCAAUAGUGAAUACCGGAUAAGAGCAUUUUGAAAUGUCUAGCUAAAAUGCACACUUUUAACACAUAUGCAGUGAUACAUAUUUUUUUUCCUUCGUAUGAACACCGUCACUUUGGUAAUUUUUUUUUUCAAAAUAAAACUCUUCUUCACCUUUCUAUAUAUCAUUGCAAAAUAUGUCGACGAUUAUGAGAGUUCAUAGUAAACUAUCAACGAUUCAUCUCUAAUAAAGAAAAUCCUAGUCCAAAAUUGUCAAUGAAUUGUAUCUUGUCUCUGGAAAUAAUGCCCUUUGUUCAAACCGUUUCAUAUUAUAGCAUGUAUGUGAUGCGCAGUUGCUCUUCUGUAUUAUUGGAGUUUACCACCAAACGUAAUGGAUUUCUUGUACUUUAUAUGAUGUUUUAUUUUUUAUUUUGAGAACUAAGUACUGACACACAAUAUCUUGCGCUAUCAGGAUGUAAUCAUGGUAAAUGUUCAUGCAAGCUUUGCACGGUCAUCCCAUGAUAAAAGGAAGAAGGUAGAUCAAAUAAUUUCAAAUUUUGUUUGAAAUUUGAAAUUUCUCAUAUUAACUUGUACAGAUGUAAAUGCAUACUUUUUAAUUGUCUAAUGUUAUGGUUGUUCAUUAAUUAAAACUCUCCAUUCGUUUCGAGGAAAUUAAGCAAAUAUCGUACUCCCCUUCAGCUCCCCUUCAGGUGUGUGAAAGGAUCAUGACUGUUGAGGUUACUUAAUAAAGGUAUAAUGUUGAGAAUCCCACAUCAAUUGUCAUCUUCUAUUUUUAACUAUUUAGUUUUUAAUUUUUAAUUAGCAACCUGUAAUGAUAAUUGGUGGAGUUUAUGAGGCAUAAUGACAUAUAAAUGAAAAACAGCUGAAAAUAACGACCAUUUAUCAAUCUCAUAAUCAAUAAGCAUCCAUUGCUUACUAACCUCACCCGCCAUGAGUUCUUUAUCUUUAAUACUUAACGGAAGAAUCUGUAUUCAAAAUCAGUAUGUAAGGAACGGCUGAACAAUUGGUACGAAACAUGUCAAACCGCGUUCGACCAACAUGUCAGAUUGCAUUUGUAAAUAAGAGCAUUCAUAACAGUAUGAAAUUUGCAAAAUGCUGACUUUAAAUGAGGUUGUUGAAUCUCCUGUAACAUCAACUUAUCUGUCAGUAGCCUGUCAUGGUUUAACAAUUGGUGAUACGCAGAUCAUCUUUUCGUGUAUCGUAUCAUAUGAGAUACAUAAAUACCAUACAUAGGUGAAAGGGGAUGACACUAAAUAAAUAUGGACAGUGUACGAUGGUGUUGCAAAGGUUCAGUUGCUAGACUACUGUUAUCGCCUAUUUCCCUUAAAAUAUUAAAAUAUGAACCACAUUUGAUAUGCACUGUAGAAUGAAAGUGAAUGUUGGUAGAUAAACGUUAACUAUGUCUCUAUAUGUCGUCAGAAUGGAUUGAAUGUAUAAGAUGGAUAUCAAAAUACCGCAUGAGACACAUCAAAACAAAAGAAAGUACCAUUUA